UCUCCACUCCCCCACGCUAACUGCCAGAUCGCGCGCCGCGCCUCCGCAAGCUUCCCAGUGACUGUGACCUAGUGGGCGAUGGCGUCGUCCAGGCCGCGCCGGAGGGGGGGCGGGGGCGGGGCCCCCGAGCGGGUGGCGGCGGACAACUGGGAGCGCCUCGUCCGCGGCGCGCUCAAGCGCGACCACCACCGCCCCGCCGGCGGAGCCGCGGGGCCGCUGGGCCUGGGCCUGGCCGCCGCAGUGCCAGCCUCCCUGGGGAAGACAACCAACAUCGACCAGAUCCUGCAGGCCGCCGACGACAUCGAGGGCGAAGACCCCAACGUCGCCCGGAUCCUUUGCGAGCAAGCCUAUACAAUGGCUCAGAAUCUGGAUCCCAGCAGCGAGGGACGAGGUGUUUUACAGUUCAAGACCGGUUUGGCAUCGGUGAUCAAGCAAAAACUUGCUAAGAAGGAUGGGGCUUCAAUUGACCGACAAAAUGAUAUUCAAGUCCUUUGGAAUUUCUAUUUGGAAUACAAGAGUAGGUGUCGGAUUGAUGAUAUGCAGCAGGAGCAGGAGAGACUGAGGGAGUCAGGGACUUUUAGUACAGAGAUGGGAGCUAGGGCUAUGGAGAUGAAAAAGGUUUAUGCUACUUUGAGGGCUUUGCUUGAUGUUCUGGAAAUUCUUGUUGGGCCAUCAGCAACUGAUAGACUUGGUAGGCAAAUUCUAGAGGAGAUCAAGAAAAUAAAAAGAUCUGAUGCAGCCCUGAGAGGUGAUCUUAUGCCGUACAAUAUCGUCCCCCUUGAUGCACCGUCGUCAGUGGCGAAUAUCAUUGGGUUUUUCCCUGAGGUCAGGGCUGCAACAGCUGCAAUUCAGAACUGUGAGGACCUGCCGCGGUUCCCUUAUGAUGCACCACAGCUAAGACAGAAAGACAUUUUCGACCUUUUGCAAUAUGUAUUUGGCUUCCAGGAUGAUAAUAUUCGGAACCAGCGUGAAAAUGUCGUACUUACCUUAGCCAAUGCUCAGUCCCGGCUCAGCCUGCCCGUUGGGACAGAACCAAAAAUUGAUGAGAGGGCUGUCACAGAAGUUUUUUGCAAAGUUCUGGACAACUACAUAAAAUGGUGUAGGUACUUGGGCAAGCGACUUGCAUGGACCAGCCUUGAAGCAGUAAAUAAGAACAGAAAAAUCAUAUUGGUUGCUCUCUACUUUCUGGUUUGGGGUGAAGCUGCGAAUGUUCGUUUUCUCCCAGAGUGCAUAUGUUACAUUUUCCACAAUAUGGCAAAGGAACUCGAUGGGGUUCUUGAUUCAUCUGAAGCUGAACCUGCAAAGAGUUGUCUUACCAGUGAUGGUUCCACCUCAUAUCUGGAGAAAAUAAUCACUCCAAUAUAUGAAACCAUGGCGGCGGAGGCUAACAAUACUAAUAAUGGAAAAGCUGCACAUUCUGCUUGGAGGAAUUAUGAUGACUUCAAUGAAUAUUUCUGGUCACGUUCAUGUUUUAAGCUUGGUUGGCCACCUGCUGAGGGUUCCAAGUUUUUGCGCAAGCCUACUAAGAGGAAGCGUACAGGAAAGACCAAUUUUGUUGAGCAUCGCACUUUUCUGCAUUUGUACCGCAGUUUUCAUCGCCUGUGGAUUUUUCUACUAUUAAUGUUUCAGUGCUUAGCUGUUAUUGCCUUUCACCAUGGGAAGAUAAACAUUGAUACCAUCAAAAUACUACUUAGCGCUGGGCCAGCCUUUUUCAUACUAAACUUCAUUGAGUGCUGCUUGGAUGUGAUACUCAUGUUUGGUGCGUAUAAGACAGCAAGAGGUUUUGCCAUCUCGAGAUUAGUUAUCCGAUUCCUUUGGUUAACUGCAGUUUCAACAUUUGUAACUUAUCUUUAUGUGAAAGUCUUGGAAGAAAAAAAUGCAAGGAACUCUGAUUCGACUUAUUUCCGGAUUUAUGCUCUUGUUCUUGGUGGUUAUGCCGCUGUUCGGAUAAUGUUUGCACUAAUGGCCAAGAUCCCAGCUUGUCACAGGCUCUCCAGUUUUUCUGAUCGGUCACAGUUUUUCCAAUUUUUCAAGUGGAUAUACCAGGAGCGAUAUUAUGUUGGAAGGGGACUUUAUGAGAGUAUAAGUGAUUAUGCUAGAUAUGUGAUAUUUUGGUUGGUCAUACUGGCUUGCAAAUUUACUUUCGCUUAUUUUCUUCAGAUUCGGCCUUUAGUUGAGCCAACCAAUAUAAUAGUGCAACUCCAUAAUUUGCAGUAUUCCUGGCAUGAUCUUGUAUCGAAGGGUAAUAACAAUGCUUUGACUAUUGUGAGUCUAUGGGCACCAGUAUUAGCUAUAUACCUGAUGGACAUCCACAUUUGGUACACUCUUUUAACUGCUCUUGUUGGUGGUGUUAUGGGUGCUAGAGGUCGCCUUGGGGAGAUUCGUUCAAUAGAAAUGCUUCAUAAACGUUUUGAGAGCUUCCCAGAAGCUUUUGCUAAAACUCUUUCCCCUCAAAGGAUAUCUAGCAGACCAGUUGCUCAGGAUUCGGAAAUUACUAAGAUGUAUGCCUCGAUAUUUUCCCCCUUUUGGAAUGAGAUUAUCAAGAGCUUGCGCGAAGAGGACUAUGUCAGCAACAGGGAAAUGGAUUUGCUUAUGAUGCCAAGUAACUGUGGAAAUUUAAGACUUGUACAGUGGCCAUUGUUUCUUCUGACUAGCAAGAUCAUGUUGGCGAAUGACUAUGCUUCUGACUGUAAAGACUCGCAGUAUGAGCUAUGGUAUAGAAUAUCAAAAGAUGAAUACAUGGCUUAUGCCGUCAAGGAAUGUUACUACAGUGCCGAAAGAAUUCUUCACUCCUUAGUUGAUGGUGAAGGGCAGCGCUGGGUUGAAAGGCUUUUCAGAGAUCUCAAUGAAAGUAUAACACAGAGUUCACUUUUAGUGACUAUAAAUCUCAAGAAGUUGCAGUAUGUCCAGUCAAGGCUUACUGGUUUGACAGGUCUUCUGAUCCGCGAUGAGACUGCUGGUCGUGCAGCUGGUGUUACAAAAGCUCUCCUUGAGCUCUAUGAGGUUGUUACCCAUGAAUUUCUUGCGCAGAACCUGAGGGAACAGUAUGACACAUGGCAAUUAUUAUUAAGAGCUAGAAAUGAAGGGCGCUUAUUCUCUAAAAUUUUCUGGCCAAAGGAUCUAGAAAUGAAAGAACAGGUUAAGCGUUUACACUUACUUUUGACUGUCAAAGACUCUGCAGCCAACAUUCCCAAAAAUCUGGAAGCUCAGAGAAGAUUACAAUUUUUCACUAACUCUCUAUUCAUGGACAUGCCAGCAGCAAAGCCUGUAUCCGAGAUGAUCCCCUUUAGUGUCUUUACCCCGUACUACAGUGAGACAGUACUAUAUAGCAUGUCUGAGCUUUGUGUUGACAACGAAGACGGCAUUUCCAUACUUUUCUACCUUCAAAAGAUAUACCCUGAUGAGUGGGCAAACUUCUUAGAACGAAUUGGCCAUGGUGACUCAUCAGAAGAUGAUUUUAAGGAUAGUUCAAGUGACACCUUGGAACUGCGUUUUUGGGUAUCCUAUCGUGGCCAAACUUUGGCAAGGACAGUGCGUGGUAUGAUGUACUAUAGAAGAGCCUUGAUGUUACAAAGUUACCUCGAGAAGAGAUACCUUGGAGGUGGGUGUGUAGUUUCCUGUUGUUUGUUACUUAAUUCAACACAUUUCUUAUCUCUCUUCAUCCUUGUGUUUCCUCUACCAGGUAUUGAAGAUGGCAAUUCUGCAGCAGAAUAUAUUGACACUCAAGGCUAUGAGUUGUCUCCUGAUGCACGGGCCCAAGCAGAUAUUAAGUUUACUUAUGUUGUUUCAUGCCAAAUAUACGGACAGCAGAAGCAAAUGAAAAAACCUGAAGCUGCAGAUAUCACUCUCUUAUUGCAGAGAAAUGAGGCCCUUCGAGUUGCUUUCAUACAUGAAGAGGAUAGUGUAUCAAACGGUGGGCAUGCUAUAAAAGAGUAUUAUUCCAAGCUAGUAAAAGCUGAUGUUCAUGGCAAAGAUCAAGAAAUAUACUCCAUUAAACUGCCUGGGAACCCCAAGCUUGGUGAGGGGAAACCUGAAAAUCAAAACCAUGCUAUAAUCUUCACUCGAGGAGAUGCAAUACAGACUAUCGAUAUGAAUCAGGAUAACUACUUGGAAGAGGCAAUGAAAAUGAGAAAUUUGCUUGAAGAAUUCCGUAAUGUUCGUGGAAACCAUGGCAUUCGGAAUCCGACGAUUCUUGGUGUGAGGGAGCAUGUCUUCACGGGGAGUGUCUCUUCGCUGGCGUCAUUUAUGUCAAAUCAGGAAACUAGUUUUGUUACUUUGGGGCAACGCGUUCUUGCUUACCUCAAGGUUCGGAUGCACUAUGGACAUCCUGAUGUUUUUGAUCGGAUAUUUCAUAUAACCCGAGGCGGCAUUAGCAAGGCAUCCCGGGUGAUUAAUAUAAGUGAAGAUAUAUAUGCUGGAUUCAAUUCGACUCUGCGCCAGGGGAACAUCACACACCAUGAAUAUAUCCAGGUUGGGAAGGGCCGGGAUGUUGGCUUGAACCAAAUUGCACUUUUUGAGGGGAAAGUCGCUGGAGGUAACGGUGAGCAAGUUCUCAGUCGAGAUGUGUACCGUCUAGGCCAGUUAUUUGACUUCUUCAGGAUGCUGACCUUCUUUUUCACCACCGUUGGUUAUUAUGUCUGCACAAUGAUGACUGUUCUAACUGUGUACUUCUUCUUGUACGGAAGGGUGUAUCUGGCACUCUCUGGACUUGACUACUCAAUAUCUCGCCAAGCUAGGUUUCUGGGGAAUACUGCACUUGAUGCUGCUCUGAAUGCUCAAUUUUUGGUCCAGAUUGGUAUUUUUACAGCAGUACCAAUGUUAAUGUGUUUUAUUUUGGAGCUGGGCCUGAUGAAGGCUGUUUUCAGUUUUAUUACAAUGCAACUACAGUUUUGCUCAGUCUUUUUCACCUUUUCACUUGGAACUAGAACACAUUACUUUGGUAGAACAAUCCUUCAUGGUGGUGCAAAGUAUCGUGCUACUGGAAGAGGUUUUGUUGUACGCCACAUAAAGUUUGCUGAAAAUUAUAGGCUCUAUUCUCGAAGCCACUUUGUCAAAGCGUUUGAGGUUGCUCUCCUCCUCAUCAUUUACAUUGCGUAUGGCUACAUGAAGGGGGGUUCAUCUUCCUUUAUCCUGAUAACUAUCAGUAGUUGGUUCCUUGUUAUUUCCUGGCUUUUUGCCCCAUACAUUUUCAACCCUUCUGGUUUCGAGUGGCAAAAGACCGUUGAGGACUUUGACGACUGGACAAAUUGGCUACUUUAUAAAGGUGGAGUUGGUGUAAAAGGCGACAAUAGUUGGGAAUCCUGGUGGGAUGAGGAGCAGGCUCAUAUCCAGACAUUUAGAGGGCGUAUCCUAGAGACAAUCCUGAGCCUCAGAUUCCUCAUGUUUCAGUAUGGCAUUGUCUACAAACUUAAAAUUACAGAGCAUAAUACUUCCCUUGCAGUUUAUGGCUUCUCGUGGAUUGCACUUCUUGUUUUGGUUCUCCUUUUUAAGCUUUUUACUGCAACUCCGAAGAAGUCAACUGCCUUGCCGACAUUUGUCCGGUUUCUACAGGGCGUCCUUGCUCUUGGGCUUAUUGCGGGGAUUGCCCUACUUAUUGUAUUCACACGGUUUACAAUUGCUGAUUUAUUUGCAAGUGCACUUGCUUUUAUAGCAACUGGUUGGUGUGUCUUAUGUCUGGCCAUCACGUGGAAGAGGGUAGCGAAAACACUUGGGCUAUGGGACUCUGUCCGUGAGAUUGCUCGGAUGUAUGAUGCAGGAAUGGGUGCCCUCAUUUUUGUGCCCAUUGUGUUCUUCUCAUGGUUCCCUUUCGUGUCCACAUUUCAGUCACGUAUCCUGUUCAAUCAAGCAUUUAGCCGUGGUCUGGAGAUCUCCCUCAUCUUGGCUGGAAACAAGGCGAAUCAGCAGACAUGAAAAGCCUCGUCUUUGCAUCGACUGUAUGCUUUUGUUGUACAUUCUUGGAAUUAGUGAGGGUUGCUUGCUUAGUUUGAACAAGUUAGUGAAGGGUUACUCAGUUUGAACAGCAGCCUAUGUACAUACUUGCCUCUAUUUUUUGGACACUAAUAUGUUGAGAAAGAGCUAUGGCAGUCUUGAUGUGUCACUAUUGUAACUGAGCAGAUGUACGUUCAACUGGUUUAACACUAAAUCUUUUACUAUGGAUGAUCGAGCAGCAGCACGUUGCAUCCAUCCAUGUUAGGGUUGAGUAA